AUGCGGCUCGUUGCACUGCCGCCACGCCUGGCCGGGCGCUCUUUUCACGCGCAGCAUCGGACGCCCAUAAUACCCCAGCUGCCUCUGGGCGACACUUCACCGGAGUCGACGACUGGCGUGCUGGUUGGAUACCUCCUGCACCGCCACCCGGUGGUGAAGCACACCCCGCACCCACUUGAGGCGGAGAUGGGCUUCCUGCUGGAACGCGAGCACCAGCGUUACUGUAGGCACGAGGCGUCGGAGUCUGCCACGCACUUCAUGGGCCAACGGGGGCUCUCCAUCGACGUCAUGAACCGCACUGAUCCGCAGGAGACAAAAAGCAACUUCUUCGGCCUAGACCUCUACCAGGAUGCGAUGCGGGUAGUGCUGCAGCGUUACACACCGGAGAAGCGAGUGACACCGCACGACCUAUGGAAUCCUGCGGAGCUCGGCGACGGCGGUCCUCCCCCUCGUCAUUCGAUUCAUCGCAAGCUGGAUGACUACCUUUACCUCAUCGUAAAAGAGGCGGCGAGCGGGAAAUGGACGGUGCCGCAGACCGCCGUCAAGCCGCGGGAAACACUUCGCAUGGGCGUAGACAGGGCGAUAGCGAAGCACAACAGCGAUGCCCUGGACUGUUACGUGUGGUCAAACGCACCGCAGGCGACCGUGCUGAACACCGUUGAAAACACUCGCCUUUUUGUGUAUGCGGCGACGUAUCUGAUGGGACGGCCCAAAUUCUCCGAAUUUGAGCCGGUACUGGAAGACCACGCUUGGGUAACACGGCACGAGAUGCUUCAAUACAAGCAGGAGUUUCAGAGUACCGACCUGCUCGAGGCGUUGCUUGACAUUUCUGCUGAUGGCACCUUCGAGAGUGUUUGA